AUGGUUACGCGUUUUCGAAUUCGGCAGCUGAUCAUUACUGCAACAGCUGUGAUUUCAUUCAUAUUCAUCUAUAAUGCAUACUCUAUUAAUGAGACGGAUGAGGAGCGAGUCCCUCCUCGGCAUAAAAUGCCAUCGGAUCCGGUUAUUUUCCAUGAGAAAAAGUUCGAUUUCAAGAUCAUUGUUAGCGGUCAGGAUAGCGAUCGGCAGGACCGAGUAGGUGGUGGAAAAUCGAUCGGAAGUUCUGCUCGCAGCUUACGUGAUCACAAGUGUCAAAUACCGAAACUCGAAAUUGAUGGAGCAGAAGUAAAAGACUUCUUCUUCAAACCGCAACCGCUGCAGUGCCAUAAAAACCCAACCAAUUGGGUUUACAUUGACGAUAAAAAUCAAGUGCAGUAUAUCGAGCAGAGGUGUGCCAUUUUUGGUUUUUCAACUGCUUCAUUCUGUGAUACAAAUUCUUACAGAAAGAAUGCGAAGUGCCGUGGAAAAUAUGUGACUCGAAAAGACGAUAACAAUAAUAACUUCACUCCUUUCUACUCUCUCGACAGUGGGAAACCGCUCAUGUCAGAUUUUGCGACUGUACAGUGUAUGGAUGGGAAAGAUAAAUGGAGCGGCAUACUGAUGAGCGUCGUAAGGCAAGAUGAAAGCCAACUUUUAAGAGAAGACGUAACACCUGCACCAGACAGUUCAGGCCUAAACAUCUUCUUCCUAGGGUUUGAUUCUCUCAGCCAUAUGUCAUUCAGAAGGAAGUUGCCGAAAACUGUAGAGGUGCUAGAGAAAACUCUUGGUUCUGUGGUGUUGAACGGUUAUAAUAUUGUUGGUGAUGGAACGCCUCAAGCUUUCAUACCUAUUCUCACCUCUGGUACAGAAGAGGAGCUUCCGCUAACAAGAAAGCGCUUUCGUAAUGCGAAUUACGUCGACGAUGUGUAUCCAUUUAUUUGGAAUAACUUUUCUUCUGCUGGUUAUGUAACCUUGUAUGGGGAAGACGCUUUUGCCAUAGGUACUUUUACUUACCGUCUGAAGGGGUUUCGUAAUAAACCGACAGACCAUUACCUCAGGCCGAUUUUCAAGGAAUAUGAAAAAACAGGAGGAAACUGCCUGGGAUCAGAGCCUUUGCACAAGACAUGGUUUCGAUAUACUCGAGAAUUCAUGCGGGUUUAUAGUGACAUGCCUCGUUUUCUGUUAAUGCAUCAAAGUUUACUAUCUCACGACGACAUAAAUUUGGUCGAGGUGGAAGAUGAGGAUCUCGCUCAGAUGUUGAAAACUAUGCACGACAACGGUGAGCUGAACAACUCACUGGUUAUUCUCAUGGCUGACCAUGGCCAUCGCUUCGCCAAACUGAGAGCAACUCAUCAAGGGCAACUCGAAGAGAGGCUGCCGUUUUUCUCUAUUGCUUUACCAGCAGCCUUCAGAGAGACUCCACACGGGAAGAAGAUGUAUGAAAACCUCCAGAAGAAUAAGGAUAGGCUUUCGACACCAUUCGAUAUCCAUGCAACACUUAUGGACCUACUUCACUUACCACAAGAUCUGACGACGGAUCAGGAUACGAAACAAAGAUCUCUCUCGCUCUUCCGACCUAUCCCUGAGGAGCGGACCUGUGCAGAUGCUGGUGUUGAACCGCACUGGUGCACUUGUUUGAAUUGGCAGGACGCAUUAACUUCACCUAGCGACCGAGCUUUAGCAGAACAACUUGCAGAGGCCGUUGUGGAAGUGAUCAAUCGGCAGUUGAAGGACGUUUUACACCUGUGCGCCAAGUUGGACUUGAGAGAACUUGUCGAAGCGAAAAAAUUAGUGCCGAACGAAGGAGUGUUGAAAUACAAAAAUGUGAAGGACAUGGAUGGCUUCGUUCCUGAUUUGAGCGGUGACACGGGGACAGCCUUCGCACACUAUCAGAUCAAAUUACGGACCAAACCUGGGGAAGCAAUCUAUGAGGUGACGCUGUUCUACGACUCUAAAUUGAAGGAGGUUCAUAUCGACCUCGGAGCUAUCAGUCACCCGAACAAAUUUGGUGAUGCGCCGCAUUGUAUUAUAAAUCAGAAUUAUUUCCUUGCUACUUAUUGCGUGUGUCACGAUAAGAUGUCGUUUACGGUCGACGUCUACCCGACAAAAGAGGAGAUCAUCUCAAACGAGAGUGAUCUUUUGUGUCAGCGAUGUGGAAAGAGAUUUUCGAACGCAUCGGCACGUCGGCUACAUACGGUGAAAACACAUGGUGUAUUGUCGUGUGAAGGUGACAGGAGAAUCUACGAAAGGAUCAGCGACGGCCUCGGUAUGUUCAUUCAUCAC